GUGUCUUUCCUCAAGACUGUCUUAAAGUCACGAAAUGUACACGACAGAUCCACGGAUGUACAGCGGAGAGCCUGGAGGUCCAAUAGCCGUAGCCAGGAAGGGCCAAGGUCCACUUGUAUGCACACAAAGAAAAGGGUUUCUUCCUUUCCAGGAAUUAAAAUUAGCAUGGAAGACCUCUAUACUUCAUGGAGAUAUAUGGAAGCCAAAGUUCCAGCUGAAGUCCAUAAGGUGAUGAUGAAGGUCAACAGUCAUUACAAAAUCAAUGGACAGAGGAAGACUGCCAAGGAAGAGAAAUUGUUUCACGCUGCGGAAAGGUUGCGGCGGCAGGCAGAGGACUACUACAGACGCAAAAUCACCCCUUCUGCAAGAAAGCCUCAUGCCAACUGGUUCCGAAUGGCUGCAGUGGAGCAUCAUCAUUCCUCAGGAUUGCCCUACUGGCCCUACCUCACAGCUGAAACUUUAAGAAAAAGGAAGGGCCGCCAGGCACCUCCUCCAACUCAGUGUCAUCUGGGAGGUCAACCACCUCCAUCAGCUAAAGGUUGUCUGAGACCUCUGAAUCUUUCUCGACUACAGUUUCGACUAGGACCUCAACCACAUUCUACAACUGAUGAUUUUCUGAGAAGAGAUAAACUUCAAGUCGAGUGUCCCCUGGGAGCGGAACCAUUUCCUCCAGCUGACGAUUUUCCGAGACUCAAGACACCUCCCGAGGGUCUUUUCGUACCUCUUCCACCUUCUCCACUUGAUGAUUCUCUUGGCCUCAAGACACCUCCCGAAUGUCUUCUGGUACCUCUUCCACCUUCUCCAGUUGACAAUUUUCUGACACCAGAGAAACCGCCCGUCGAGUGUCGCUGGGGACCUGUACCGUCUCCUCGAGGUGAUAAUGUUAGGAAACGCAAGACACCUCCCGACUCUUUUUUUGUACCUGUUCUACCUUCUCCACUUGAUGAUUCUCUUAGCCUCAAGACACCUCCGAGUGUCUUCUGGUACCUCUUCCACCUUCUCCAGUUGAUGACUCUCUGA